CUAUUUAAAGUGCAAUAAACGAACGCACGCAGAGCUACGCUUCGCGAUUGGCACGCUACUCGACCACCGGCAGCCAUAAACUCGUUCCACUUUUUGCGAUAUUUUUUCGCGGGGCGAGCCCGCUUUUUUUUUAGGCGGAAAUAGGAAAUUUUUAGACAUCCCGGUCCCCCACCUUUAAAAGGGCAGCUUAAACUGAGCGGGCCAAGCCCAUACAGUCGAAGAGCGAAAUGGCAGAAGGCUAAAGGAAGAUGUCGGUACGCGCGCUCCCAACAUCACGAUCAGUGUCCGCGAUCGAAACUUUGGCGCCUUUGCAAUGCGACCGCUAGCGCGGCUGGCAGCCCGACAAUUUUCUCGCCUUCCUAGCCGUUUCGAUUAUGCUCAUCGAGCUGCGAGUGUGUGACAGGCGGAAAUGAUUCAGCAGGAAAGAUACGCCACGACUAAUCGGCACGGGUACUCCGUGCGAUUCUCCCCCUUCAACCCGACGACGCUCGCGUGCGCGACAGCGCAGAACUACGGCAUACAAGGUCGGGGCACUUUAUUCAUUCUUGACUACGUACCGGGAACACCAAUCCGACUUGUCAAAGCGUUCGAGUGGCCGUACGGACUGUACGAUGUCACUUGGAGCGAACUUGAGGAGGACGUCGUCAUCGGGGCUGGCGCCGAUGGGAACAUCAUUAUCAUCGCUCUCAAUCGCGCAAAUGUGCCACGAUUGAUCCUCAAAGGGCACACGAAAGAGGUGUAUUCCGUAGACUGGAGUCAGACUCGCCAAGAGCAGCUGCUGCUCUCUGGAUCGUGGGACCAUCUUGUUAAAGUUUGGGAUCCCCAAGCAGGCAACCUCCUGUCGACUUUCACGGGUCACACCAGCAAGGUCUACUCGGUUGCCUGGUCUCCCCGUAUCCCGGGCCUGUUUGCGUCUGUGUCAGGUGAUGGCUCGCUCUGCUUGUGGAACCUGCAGCAGCCUGCUCCCUUGGCUGCCAUUCCGGCGCAUGGAUGCGAAGUGCUGAGCUGCGAUUGGUCAAAAUACGAACAGCACGUGCUCGCCACUGGAGCUAUUGACAGCCUUAUCAGAGGAUGGGACUUGCGCAAUGCCAGCCGCCCGCUGUUCGAGCUCGGAGGACAUAGCUAUGCAGUCAGAAAAGUGAAGUUUUCGCCGCACUGCGAGUCCACCCUGGCUUCUGCAUCCUACGAUUUUUCGACACGGGUCUGGGACUGGAAGAAAUCUAACGAAGCUCUGCUCAUACUAAAAAACCACAAGGAGUUCACCUACGGUCUAGACUUCAACCUUCAUGUACCCGACCAGAUUGCCGACUGCAGUUGGGAUCAGACGCUCUGCAUUUCGCAACUGCCCGAGAGCUACCGGCCCACGUAGGCAUCCCAGCAUACUCGCCCCUUAACAUGUUUGUGUACAGACCAAAAUAAAAGUGACCAUUGUGACAAA